GCGACUCAGUCGCGGGAACUUAAACUCGGGGACUUUUUAUUAAACGGUGCGAGCAUUUAUCGUUGAACGAGUAUAAAAGCAGUCCGCACUCGAUGCAGCGACAUCACAAGUCCUUUGCAACAGCCAACGGCAACUACAAUCGGAUUAACGAAAAUAUUGUGGAAUCGAGGCAAGGAAAUAUGAAGAUCGUUCUACUGCUGUUCGUCGGUUUGGUGGCGUUUGUCUCUGCGGAACCGGGUCUCUCUCGACCCAAUCUGGGACACGUCCGACCUCCGCCCUUCAUCAAUCGUCCCCGGCCACCUACUCAAGGGACCAGCCGCUUCCGGCGUUCCCCGGAUCCUCAGGGAUCCAUCGUCUUCACGGGACAGAAACCCCUGGAGGGACCCGAGCGUCGUCCAUCUUACAAUCUCGACUAUCAGCACAAUAUUUGGGAAGGAAAAAACGGACACGUGAGCGCGAGCGGCGGAGCUCAAAAGUUGCCCGGACAGCGAUGGGAACCGAACGUAGGAAUCCAGGGAACCUGGCGCUUCCGUCGCUCCGCAGAUCCUCAAGGAUCCAUCGUCUUCACGGGACAGAAACCCCUGGAGGGACCCGAGCGUCGUCCAUCUUACAAUCUCGACUAUCAGCACAAUAUUUGGGAAGGAAAGAACGGACACGUGAGCGCGAGCGGCGGAGCUCAAAAGUUGCCCGGACAGCGAUGGGAACCGAACGUAGGAAUCCAGGGAACCUGGCGCUUCCGUCGCUCCGCUGAUCCUCAAGGAUCGAUCUCUAUCCAAGGACAGAAAUCCAUGAGCGGACCCGAGCGUCGUCCGUCCUGGAACGUCGAUUAUCAACACAAGAUUUGGGAAGGAAAGAACGGACACGUGAGCGCAGGCGGCGGAGCUCAAAAGUUGCCCGGACAGCGAUGGGAACCUAACGUAGGAAUCCAGGGAACCUGGCGCUUCCGCCGCUCCCCCGAUCCUCAAGGAUCCGUCGUUGUCCAAGCCCAGAAACCCCUGAGCGGUCCCGAGCGUCGUCCAACGUACAACAUCGAUUAUCAGCACAAAAUCUGGCAAGGAAAGAACGGACAAGUUAGCGCGAGCGGCGGAGCUCAAAAGUUGCCCGGUCGCCGAUGGGAACCUAACGUAGGAAUCCAGGGAACCUGGCGCUUCUAAAAAUCGGCCAGUUCACUCACUCAAGAUCAACUGCCGCAAUAACCGAACCACCCGUACGUUGUCUUCGUACAGAGUCUCGAAAAAGUCGGGUCCUAUCGAUCCUGACUUUUCGGACAUUGUGUAUGAAUAUUCCUAUCGAAUGUACUCGCCAGUUCCUAUACUCAUUAUUGGCAAAUACCCUUUCAUAUAUUAUAGCGCUCUUGUGAUUUGUAAACCGUUAUUUAUGAAGAAAAAACAAUAAAAAAUAUUAUUUAUGGACCAUUCGAAA